AAAGUUCCCAAAUUGAGAGGAUUUAGCUCAUACCCAGAGGGGAUCUUCCCUUCUCCGAACAAAUCGUUCAAAAAUCCAACAGAAAAACCCAAAUUCAAAUAAACCCACAUCUCACUUUCCUCAAAAUUCCAAUUUACAGCCUUUCUAUCCUUCCUAAUUUCACAUGAGAGUUUCGAAUUGAAAUAGAAAAGAUGAUCGUGAGGACCUACGGUCGCCGGACCAGCAGCAACAGCAACAGUAACAGCAGAAGCAGUAACAGUUUAACUUUCGACGACGUAGACGGAUUCGACGAUUCUUUAUCUCAAGAUAGCCCUCAAGAAUUAGACAACAGUAACGGCGAUAUUUUCAGUUUCGCGUUUCCAUCUCAAGAAUCCAUCAAGAAUCCUUGGUCUUUUGAUUCCGACCCAUAUAAUUUCGAUUCGUCCCAGGAUUCGCGUAAAUUGGCUGUUCUACCUCCAAGAUCGAAGAAACCAAAAACUGAAGCGAACGAAAAGAGGAAAGAUAAGGGCAAAAAAGCGAAGAAACCAUUGAUGAUGUUGACCGAAACAACUACGUUAAUGGAGACACAAGAAUUUGGAGAGAUGAUGGAGCAUGAUGACGAAGUGAAUUUUGCUUUAGAUGGGUUGAGAAGAGGGCAGCCGGUGAGGAUUCGUCGUGCGAGUUUGUUGUCUUUGUUGAUGGUUUGUGGUACUAUACAGCAGCGGAGGCUCUUGAGAACCCAUGGGACUGCAAAAACAAUUAUUGAUGCUGUAUUGGGCCUCAAUUUUGACGAUACCCCUAGCAACCUGGCUGCUGCGGCUUUAUUUUUUGUUUUGACAAGUGAUGGUCAAGAUGAAUACCUUUUGGAUUCACCUAGUUCCAUCCGCUUUUUGUUAAAACUACUGAAACCGGUUACAGCACAUGCUACUAAAAGUAAAGUUACUACUCUUGGUAGCAAACUUGUAGCCUUAAGCAAGGAUGCUUCUAAUUUUAAUGACAAUAAGGGGGAAGAAUCUUCAUCUUCUUCUAUUUUGAACAAAGUUCAAGAAGUCCUUGUGAAUUGCAAAGAGUUGAAGCCAAGAGAGGGAAGUGAUAGUGAUGCAAAAAGGGCCGAGUUGAAUCCAAAAUGGAUUGCUUUAUUAACCAUGGAGAAAGCUUGUUUGUCAACUAUUUCUCUUGAAGAGACAACUGGAACUGUUAGAAAAUCGGGGGGCAACUUCAAAGAAAAGUUAAGAGAGUAUGGAGGACUUGAUGCUGUAAUUGACAUCAUAAGGGAAUGUCAUGGUGUAAUGGAGAAAUGGCUAGAACGAUAUUCAGAAUCACAAAAUAUUCUUAACCUAGAAAGCCCGAUGCUUCUAUUGAAGUGUUUGAAAAUUAUGGAAAAUGCUACAUUUCUUAGUAAUGAUAAUCAGAAACAUUUGCUUGAUAUAGAAGAAGACUUGGGUUAUCAGCAUUCUUUCACAAAACUUAUUCUUAGCGUCAUUAAGAUCCUUUCAGGUGUUUCUCUACUAAAAAAUUCUUCUUCUAAUUCUGAUGCUAAAAACGAACUUGGUGUCUCAAAUGGCACUGAUCAUACAUCUGAUCUUCCUUCAGUAGCUGACGACAAAGUUGACAGCAAUGAAAUCAUACAUAUCAGUUCCUCCAUAGAGAAUUGCAGUAUGGAUCUUCCUUCCCAAAAGAUUUCUACAAGAUCCCAGAAAAACCAAAAACCAGAUAAAAAACAAUCGGGUUCGACUUCUACAUCAAGUGGUAAAAAGUCGAAGCCCAUCAUGAUUGAAUCUGAGGAUAGCCAAGAUCCGUUUGGGUUUGGUGGAGAAGAUCCUUUUGCCUUUUUUGAAGAUGAAGAUAAACCUUCUAAAUGGGACUUAAUGUCUGGGAAGAAAAACGUGUCUCAAAGUCAGAAAAGUGGUUCAGCUGUUGAAGGAGAUGAAGAUCUUAUGGUGGUGAGUCAGCAAGAAUCCAGCAAUGUGGAACGUGAUGACUCACCUCAAGUUUCUUGUUCACCUCUGGAUGAUGAGGAAAAAUUUAUCCUUUUGUCUGAUUGUCUUCUCACUGCAGUGAAGGUUUUGAUGAAUCUAACAAACGACAACUCUGUGGGGUGUCAGCAAAUUGCGGGGUGUGGAGGAUUGGAGACAUUGUGUGGUUUGAUAGCGGGUCAUUUUCCAUCAUUCGGGUCGUUUUUGCCCACUUUCAGUGAUCCAAGAGACAAGUCGAUUCUUGUUGAGGUUGAUGAUGAUGAUGAUGAGGAGGAGGAGGAGGAGAAAAAUAGACGACUUACUGAUCAAGAAUUGGAUUUUCUUGUUGCUAUUCUUGGAUUGCUUGUUAAUUUGGUGGAGAAGGAUGGUCAUAACAGAUCACGACUUGCAGCUGCGAGUAUAUCGAUGCCUGGGUUAAAUGGUCAAGAAAAUGAAAUUACGGAUGUAAUUCCACUGAUUUGUUCCAUCUUUUUGGCCAAUCAAGGGGCCGGUGAGGCAGCUGAAGAAGGAAGACAAUCGAAUUUGAAUGUUGAGGAUCCUGUUCUGGAGGGAGAGAAAGAAGCAGAGAAAAUGAUUGUGGAAGCAUACUCGGCCCUUCUUCUUGCCUUUUUAUCAACGGAAAGUAAAAGCAUACGUAACGCCAUUGCUGAAUGUCUUCCAAACCGCAAGCUGGCUGUCCUUGUGCCUGUCUUGGAGAGAUUUGUGGAAUUUCACAUGUCGUUGAACAUGAUUUCAGAGGAGACACAUUCAACAGUGCUUGAGGUUAUUGAAUCAUGUAGGAUGCUAUGAAAAGGUAAUUUGAGUCAUGUAGGGAAGGAACUAUAGAUGUUGAUUGAUGGACAUCUUGUACAGCUUCAACCUUCCUCUUCAAGAGGAAAACAAAUAGGAUCAUGUUAUAGUCUUCUUAUUGACCACAUUGACAUAUUUUCCUUCUAUUUUAUUUCAUUUUUUUUUUGCUAAUAUUCAUUUUACGUGGGUCUUUUUUUUUUAAAAUAUUUUCCUCUUUUUCUUGUAAGCUGCGUUUUCACCAACUUGGUGGUGUUGUAUGCAUGGGUUAUACUUGUAAGGGUCGAAUUUAAGACUGAGUUUUUAAGUGUUUUUGCAUAUUGUAGUUUGUUAAUCUACACUUUAUUUAGUGAACUGUGGUGGUG